UCAUUUUGCCCUAAAAUCGAUUCUCACUUACCAACACCUCUGUUGUCCAAUGAUACUAACAGCUCGGUAAAUAGAUUUUAGUCUUGCGUCGAAACAGCGGUCCCUAGUUGGUGCCUGGUUUAUCAAUUAUUCUAUCGGACUAUCCGCCCCCCCCUGACGAUUACUCCCGUUCCUAUUCCGGGCUGCCAACUAAGACACGAACAACGUCUAAGAUGCCGUCAAGACACUCCACUGUUCCCAAUUUAGAUCUCAGUACUUCCACCUUGCAGGCGAAUGCGAAGAUCUCGUCCCCACUAACGCCCGGCGCCCAAAGCUCGGAUGGGCCGAGUCCCCUGACACCCCGUUCUCCUAAAUCGUCGUCUAGUUCACCUUUCUUCAAAGGGGCUACAAUUCGCCCUGUCACCCAAGAGUCGAACAGCAAGUCAAACAGCCCUACUCUUCCAGUUUCUCCUAGCCUUGCCGCCGAACCUCCUACUCCGGGCUUCACGGCUAUCCCUCAGUACCCACCAUCUCCUAAAGAUACUCCCAAACACAGCCGUGACCCCUCUCGAUCUUUUUUCGCAAAUCUCAAGGCCCCCAAGUCUUCGCACAAAGCCCAGCGAUCGGACGGCUCGGAAUCCGGCGACAAACCCAAGAGUCGUGGCAGCUCCAGGGACCGCAAGACACAGAUUUCAUCCAAGCUAUACGAGUCAACGCCAGACCUUCCUGGCGCCAUCGAACGUGCGGCACAAGAGGAGAAUAACGGAAACUCCGAAGACAAAUAUUCGCACACAACGGAGAUCAAGAAAGUCGGCACGGAGACCGAGGCUUCUCAGACCCUUAAGAAGAACAAGCCGCGAUUUGCCAACCUCCUCUCCCGCUCCCGCUCGAUCAGGAUCGACGACUCUUCGAUAAACAGAAUCGCCAAUCGCCGUCCGUCUACCAGCCUCAUGAGACUCGAGGAGAGUGGUCGGCGGGAAAUGCAAGAAUCCCAAAAGGCACCAGUACGUCAGGAGCGCGGAACGAAGAACACGGCGAAUGCAACAGUUCGGAACCAUGUCGCCGAUCGCCCCAUCGAAAACAGCGGCGGUCCCGUAAGGAAAGACAGAUACCACGGCGGGGCAAUGGUUCCGUCCGCUUCGUUAAGUCAAGUGUCCGGCGCCUCUGCUGCGCUUUUCAACAACAUUAAACAGUCCUCAAGCGGCGCCGCCGAUCGCAUCGGCAAAGCGGGCAAAGGAUUCUUUGGGAAAAUCACCAGGAGCGGAAGCACGAAUGAGCGGGAACUCAUUAAUGACGACAACUAUGUCUGCUCCGUGAUUAACCUGCCGCUUAUAGAGCAAGCACGGCGAUCCCGCAUCGCAAAGCGACUGGAGGAUUGCAAAGACAAGACUGAGUUUUGGAUGCCCGCCUUGCCGUACCGUUGUAUAGAUUACCUGAACUUCAAGGGUUGUGAAGAGGAAGGACUUUAUCGCGUCCCAGGGAGUGGCAAAGAAGUGAAACAUUGGCAGCGACGGUUCGAUACUGAACUUGACAUCAACCUGUUUGACGUGCCGGAUCUCUACGACAUUAACACAAUUGGCUCCAUGUUCAAAGCUUGGCUUCGCGAAUUACCGGACGAGCUUUUCCCCAAGGAAACCCAAGCCAUGAUUGCCGAAAAAUGCGAAGGGGCAACAACGGCCCCCCAGAUGUUGAAAGACGAACUAUCCAAACUGCCGCCAUAUCACUACUACCUUCUCUUCGCUAUAACGUGUCACCUCAACCUCUUACACUCAUACGUCGAUCAAAACAAAAUGGACUACCGCAAUCUUUGCAUCUGCUUUCAGCCUUGUAUGAAAAUUGAUGCGUUUUGCUUCCAUUUCCUUGUUUGUGACUGGAAGAAUUGCUGGCAGGGUUGUUGGACCGAGAAGGAGUACCUCCAUAUCGAAAAAGAGAUGGACGAAAAAGAGAAAUUCCCACAGGCGAGAGAAGAAUUCGCCCCAAUUCCUCAGCAGGCAUCAUCUGUCGACGAAAGGGCCAUCUCUUCCUCUGGCAGCAGUCAGCCUGCCGUUGAAGAGGAACCGCCACGGCCCCAGACAGCGAAAGUUCACAAAACAAGGCCCAAGAACAUUGAAACAGCUCACGGCAGAAGCGUUUCUCAGCUUCCUGAACUUGGACCACCGCUUUCUCCGAUACAAAUCUGAGCUAGGCUCCACCCGCUUCUACCAACAUCCGUAUCGCAUCCAACACAUUAACGGCAACACGAACUCUCUUUGAUCUGAUCUAUUGAUUGAUGCCUUUCAUUUCCAAAUUACGUGCACUGGGCUUUCAAAUCCAGGCUGGCCUACGUUUUUAUACCAUAUUACCUUUCCUUUUUCCCGCACAAGAAAUCGCCAAUUUUGAAAGUCUCGGACUGGAUCCGCAGGUUGAGCAUUUUUCUUGAAAAUACUUUUAGCCUGAAACACUUGCAAUUUGUCUACAUCCUUUUCAUCAUAGCGUGCUUUUGUGUGCUGGGUCCAGAUCUCCUUCGACUUCGUGACAUUUUCUCAAUUUCUUAGCAUCUCCUUUACCUAUGCCAUGACCCUCAUCCGACUCCACUGCCUCCCUCCUGCCUCCAAUCAUCCUUCCGCCUUCACCCUUUCUAUCGUCCUCUCCCUCUCUCCCUAUAUCUUCCUCUAUCUCUCUUCCCCUACAUCCAUUCUGCUGUUAUUCUUCUUUUGGGCUAUUCCACUCCUACAUGCAUGUCUUGCGCCCAUAGAGUCAGUUGAUGUUUUCCAAUCUUUGAAUUUUUUCACAAGUGUACAAAUUGACCUCUAGUCUGUUUUUACUACAUAUAUUUGAUGAUAUGUUGUGCUCAUACCUCUGCCCAGUCACUGAAAUGUAUUGCUUCCUACUAUUCCUUUGUGUCUAACCACCGAUUCCCCAUUGGAGCUUUGUUUCGGCGCUUGCUUACUUGCGUUUCUAUCUGAUUCCCUUGCUUUGUCGCAUCUUCAUGGAGUGUGUUGCCGGUACAUACAUGUAAAAUAGGUCCAGGCAUGACCGUACGUUGAUUUAGUGAAUCUUCAGCAAACGAGAACAAUAAAUAGACCUUGUCUGUCUCACUUGAAUAUAUAUCUAGCACAAGCCCGAGAACUAAGACACAAGAAAAGAAAAACAUAAACUGUACAAAGGAAUGCCGGCCCUUUGGCCGAGCACUGCGUGGAACGGGUGACAUUGCUUUUUUUGUGUUUUGCAGUGGAUAAUCCAUGCAGGCGACAUUUGACAUCCAAGACCGGCGACUCCCAAACCAAACGCCUAAAUAAGCCCAGAAUUCCAGUGAUGUAAGAACAAGCCGAAGUUUAACAAAGAAGUCUUGACUGCCGAAUUAAUUCAUCAUCUACUUUUUCUUUUUUUUUUUUUUUUUUCGCUCUCCUUCUCCAAUUCUCACCCGCUUCCGGGUUUCCUCGUCUUCCGCUCGUUAGACCGCAUCUUGCGCUCGUUUCGGCGGAUUCUGUCCUUGCGCUCCGCACGAGACAUGCCACGGAUCGAGCUUCCCUGGGCGGCGGCAUCCUCUUCCUUCUUCCAGUCCUUCUCGUUCACCUCGACCAGCCAGUCAUCGUCCGACUUGUUGUUACCCUUGUAACCCCAGCGCGGGACCCAGUCGCCCUUCUCUUCGUCGUAGACCAUCUUCUUGCGUCGCUCCUUGUCCGCGAGCGCAGCGCCAGGCUUGGCGCUGUACUUGCCAAUACCCUUCUUGCGCGCGAACAGCUCCCACUUGGUCGGGGGCUUGGGCGUGGGCAGUGGCUUGUGGCGGGGCAGGACGGUCGCAGGGGAAGGCAGCGUCAGGAGAACGCCUUGUUGGGAAGAGGUAAUGGGGCAUGUCGUCAGGAGUUGGUUCAGUAGCGAUUGGACGCCAUCGCGGGCCGUGGCCUUCAGGGAUGCGUUCAGCGGUUCCGAGCGAGAGACUUCGAUGGGGUUGGGGUCGUUUGCGAGGAGAUGGCCGAGGUCGAAGGUGUAGGGGGUAGGCUUCGACACGGUGAUGGGUCUAGAAAAUUCCCGGCAGGUUAGAAUUUAUAUACAUAGAUCGGUCGAGGGCUUUGCUGGAUGGUGGUGAAAACUCACAGCUUAGGCUUGGCCUCGGCCGAUUUGUUUGUUGUUUCGAAUUCCGACAUUGCGACGGUGUAUCCGGAAUCUAUCUCAGGAGAUCGUCCGGAAAUGCGCAAGGGGAAUGGGAUGAGUAGAAAAGAUCUGAUCGAUUGACCGGGG